AUGUCGGUUGGAAAGUUCUCCAAGCGCAUGACACCCUCGACACCCCUCACCCCGUCCUCCGUUCAAACAGUCUACCACCAAGCGCGUCAGCUCUUCUCCCGCAGCGCGGACCCAGGGCAGCUCAUCGGACGCGACGACGAAAGGGCGAAGAUGAAGGGAUUCCUCAGCCGGUGCACCACCUCCAAACCAAGCGGCUGCCUCUACGUCAGCGGGCCCCCCGGCACAGGCAAAUCCGCCAUGGUCAACCGCAUCACCGACGAGACCGUCUCCGAGUCUGCUGACUCUUCCAUCAAAAAAGCCUACAUCAACUGCAUGUCAGCCAAGUCCUCCAAGGACCUGUACCAUACCCUCCUCGACCAGCUCGUUACCCCCGAAGACCAGGAGACCGACCUCUCCGAAACCGACGUGGUCGAAGCCCUGCAGAAACUCUUCAUCCCCAAAAAGAAGUCGGCCUCGAACAAGGUGUAUCUGAUUGUCCUUGACGAAAUCGACCACAUCCUCACCCUCGACCCCGAGUCUUUGUAUCGUGUAUUCGAAUGGUCUCUCCAGCCCACCGGCAGCCGACUCCUCAUGGUCGGAAUUGCCAACGCCCUCGACCUAACAGAUCGCUUCCUCCCCCGCCUCAAAUCCCGGAACCUCAAGCCAGAAAUCCUCCCGUUCUUGCCAUACACAGCCCCCCAAGUCAAAAACAUCAUCACCACCCGGUUAAAAUCCCUCUUGCCAGCAAACCACCCAGACCAGAACUUUAUCCCCUUCUUCCACCCGGCCGCCAUUGAGCUCUGCUCCCGAAAAGUCUCGACCCAAACCGGUGAUCUCCGCCGUGCUUUUGAGGUCUGCCGGCGAGCUAUCGAUCUUGUCGAAUCUGAAACCAGGUUAAAGCACGAGAAUGAAAUCAAGGAAAACAUGCUGCAAAUGUCGCCGUCAAGAAAGGUCCUGGGGGAGAAGCACAAUUUUUCUCUUCCCAAGCCGGGGCAGCAGAGCAGCGUGUCUGGGCAGCUUAUCAAGGCGUUGCAGGUGCUGACGGUGGAGACGGCGCCGAGGGUGUCAAUUGGGCACUUGAACAAGGUUACUGCUGCGGCUUUCAGCAACGGGACUAUGCAACGGUUGAAGGUGUUGAAUCUUCAGCAAAAGGCGGCGCUGUGCUCGCUGCUGGCGAUUGAGAAGCGGAAUCGGGAGAGGGUUUCUUCUCAAGUUGGUGGUGGUACGCCGAGUAAGAAUUUGCCUGCGGCGCCGACGGUGAAGGCGCUGUUUGAAAGUUAUACGAAGCUUUGCAAGACGGACUCGGUGUUGCAUCCGUUGAGCUCUUCCGAGUUUAGGGAGGUGGUGGCGAGCUUGGAGAUGGUGAGUUUGAUUGCCGAGGUGGAUGGGAAGAUGGGGUCUUUUGGUGGGAGCGGGACGCCGGGGGGUUUGGCGAGGACGCCGAGCAGGAGGGGGAAGAAGAAGGAUGUUUUUGGGAUGGGGGAUAUGAAGGUUGGAUUGGUGGCUGAUGAGAGGAGGGUGGCGAGCUGUGUUGGGUUUAGGGAGAUGGAGGGGGUUGUGGAGGGGGAGGGGAGGGGGCAGGGGAUUUUGAGGAGGGUGUUGUCGGGGGAGGGGUUGGAGUAG